UUAAAGCUCUGACGAGUUGAUAAUACCUAUAAAAAAAAGUCUCAUCUCUUUCUCUCUCUCAUAUAUUUCAGUCGUUCGCUGAAAAUCGAACCUGAACCAAAAAUGGCUGUUGAGCUGUGGGAGACGCUGAAGGAGGCGAUCGCGGUCUACACGGGGCUCUCUCCGGCGACCUUCUUUACGGUUCUUGCUCUGUUCUUAGCCGUGUACUACGUGAUAUCGGGGUUGUUCGGAUCAUCGGAUCAGUAUCAGAGGCCCAGGGAAGUCCAGGAGGAGUCACAGCCUCUGCCGCCUCCGGUGCAGGUCGGGGAGGUCACCGAGGAGGAGCUCAAGCAGUACGAUGGAUCUGACCCCCAAAAGCCUCUGCUCAUGGCUAUCAAGGGCCAGAUCUACGACGUGUCGCAGAGCAGGUACUAUGUUAGAAUUUUUCUUCUGAGUUUCUGGGUAGGUCGAAUUUGUGGAUUUUUUUGGGGUUUCUUAGUUUUUUUUCGAGGUAAAUGUUAAUUUUAGCAUCUGGGUUUGUAUAACUAAUAGUAUAAUACGAAUUGUUUAAAGGCGUUUUGGGAUUCUGCGAUUGUGGGUAUGUGAAAAGUGUGGAGCCUUUUGAGGUUUUCAGAUUAUUUUUGAAAGGGUUUUGGGUGCUUUGCCAUAAAGUUUCCUGAAAGUGAUGGUAAUUAGCCGACAUCUUUUGGAUUCUUAUGGGCUUUUUGAGUAUGUGAAAUUUGUUGAAUUUUUUGGCGUGGAGUUUUUAGAUGUUUUUUUGUCAUCUGUUGCUUUGGCUGUUGGGCGUAUGAAAUUUAUGGCGAGCUUGCCUUCGGGUUUGUAAAAAUCAUCGUUGUUUCUUUUAAUUUUGUGGUUUUGGCAUUUUUUUUCCAAUUUACUUUUGAGGGUUUUUCUCUAUAUCACAAUUCACACACGUCCAUACUGUGAAAUGG